AUGGUGUCAUAUAACUACCCAGCUCCGAAAGGCGGGGCGUCCCUCAUGCUUUCAUUUCGGCCCCAGACGGUUCUCAUCCUGGGCUCGAAUACCAUCGCCGCCGCCCGUGCAUUUGCUGCCCUGGAAUCUGAAGCAGACGUCAUCGUGCUAUCAAAAGGAGGAGCGCAAGUGGCCUGCGAGGAAUUACAAUACCGAGCGCAGGAGGGCGAGAUUACACUCCUAGACUUGUCGACACUCCCGAGAUCUUCGUCUAGCUCUGACGCAGCUGCCCUGGACGCCUACAUCACGAAUUCUCGUCACCAAAUCAGCUUGAUCUGCGUUACUGACACUGUCCUUGGCUCUGAUGAAAGCCUACGACGGAGUAAGGAGUCGGCGCAAGAAAUUUACGGCGUAUGCCAGGCGCGUAAUAUCCCAGUCAAUAUUACCGACAUGCCGGAGCUCUGCGACUUUUCUUUCGCGUCUACGCACCGGUUCAACGAUCCAUGUACCAGCGAGCCGACACCGUUACAAAUUGCCGUGACCACUAAUGGUCAAGGAUGCCGCCUGGCUGGGAGAAUCCGCAGAGAUAUCGUUGCAUCGCUGCCGAAAGGGGUUGGCUGUGCUGUCAAAAAAAUGGGUCUCCUAAGAGGAUUGGCUAAGGCAUUGGACGUCCCUGCUGAGACGGAGGAUGACGUCGAGCAGGAGCUGAACGAGGAAACAGUAAUCUCUACGCCGAAUCGACCCGUUCCGCAGAGGCAGACGAAUACGGUGGAAAAUGAGGCAGAGGCUGCUAGGCGCCGGAUGAAGUGGGUAGCUCAAGUCAGCGAAUACUGGCCUAUAGAUCGGCUCGCGAACAUGACGGACGAAGACAUGUCAACCUUGUUACACGGGGGUGAGGACAUGAGGGUGCCGACUACUAGCGGCGUUUCCAAUACCCCCCUUGCGGUGGGUAGCUCACGGUCCCGCCAUGCCUUAUGCAUGUGUCCUCUUCCGACCGCUAGGAAAGGCCGGAUCCUCCUUGUCGGCUCUGGCCCUGGCCACCCCUCACUCUUAACCGUCGCGACGCAUGCAGCUCUGACGAAACAUGCAGACUUAGUUCUGUCUGACAAGCUCGUCCCUGCUGCCGUGCUAUCGCUCAUCCCUAUGCAUGUUGAAGUGCGCAUUGCUCGUAAGUUUCCUGGCAACGCGGAGGGGGCGCAGAUCGAGAUGAUGGAAGCGGCUGUGGAGGCAGCAAAGCGUGGUUUGACUGUUGUCAGAUUGAAGCAAGGAGAUCCGACUGUGUACGGCCGUGCAGGCGAGGAAGUACUGUAUUUCCGCGCACAUGGAUUUGAGCCGCUCGUUGUCCCAGGCGUUUCCUCCGCCCUGGCAGGCCCUACCCUCGCUGGUAUCCCGGUCACUCAGCGCGGCGUCGCCGAGUCUUUCAUCGUCUGCACUGGAGUUGGCCGGCAGGGGACGCAGGUCAUGCUCCCCGGCUAUGAGCGGGGACGGACGUUGCUCAUACUGAUGGGCGUCGCACGACUUCCCCAGGUGCUCAAGGCGCUCACCAACGUCGAGGCGACCGAUAGCAGGGAGGGGCCUGCUUACCCGCCAUCCCUACCCAUCGCGGUGAUUGAGCGAGCGUCCAUGCCUGAUCAAAGGAGUAUAUGCUCUACCUUGGACGGGAUUGCUGCCGCUCUGGAGAGUGCUGGUGAGCAGCGACCUCCGGGCAUGAUUGUUGUCGGUUGGUCGGUUCUAGCUUUAUGCGGUGAGGGUAAUGUUGAUGUCCUUGACCGGGGCGCGGCUUUGGACGAUGAGACGAGGGUGAAGCGGUGGUUAGCAGGCAACUCCUGGCGGAUCAGCGAGGGCUUAGACUCCGGAUGGGAGGCAUUGCUGUGA